AUGGAUGCUUCAACCGGGGGAGGAGCUCCCCUUUCCUUGUUAAUUUCUGAUGAUGGGGUAUUUGCUGCCCAUAUUGCUGCGAAAGAUCUGAUUCUUUACUCGGAUACCACUUCAGAUCAUAAAGAGGUGCAGACUGCAAGACUGAAAGAGAACAACGUCAAAUCUCUGAAAUUUUGUCCUACGAGGUCAUCCAAUAAUCCACCUUCAAAACGACACCUAUUGAGCGCGAAUGAUUCCCGUAUUUCAGUUUGGCAACUGGAGCCAUUACAGCUAGUCGCCGAGAUUGAAAACGUCGAACCCAACGCAUUGAAUAUCGAAUUUGGAGGAGAUGGGAAUGAAGUUCUUGUUUUCCAUGCCUGGAAUACGAAACUGGCCAUUCAUUCCAUAGAAGAUGGUCGAAGUUCCGUGAUCAAAACCCCCAAGUCCGCACAUCCUCUAGGAUUUGGGUUUCGGCCACAAACGAGGGAACUUGCCAUUCUUCUGAAGCCUGAGACAUCGGACAUACUCACCAUUCAUCAACCUACCUCAUAUGAACUUCUGAAUCGAACGGUUCUACCCACAAUUGAUGCGCAGGGCUUAAAGUGGAGUCCAGAUGGAAAGUGGAUUGCUGUAUGGGACGUCGCUAGCUCCGGCACGAAGGUGCUAAUAUUUACCGCGGAUGGCCAGCUGUUCCGGACAUAUGAUGGACCUUCAGGUGUGGAUGACGCAUUUGAUUUAGGUGUGAAGCAGAUUGAAUGGGGCCCAGCAGCUGGUUCUAGUGGUGUCUCGGAUUUCCUCGCAGUGGGUAAGGUCAAUGGUAAUAUUGACCUACUACGGACUCGAACAUUUUCAUCAUCUACUACACUCUCACAUGCCUUUCCGAGCGACCAAAUCGCUCCCACAGUCUGGCGUGAGCGAUCUACAAGUCCCCUGGGCGAUGCAGAAUACGCUGAAACAACAAGCUCCUCGGCACUCAACAUGAGUCCGGAAUUAUCUGGGCCCCCUCGAGGCGUAGCUAUCAUGGCAUUUAGUCCUGAUGGCACAAUCCUGGCUACUGUAGAUACCAUGCGAUCAAACGUAGUCUGGAUAUGGGCUCUAGACGGUAGCUCCAGGCUAGCAACUAUCCUGGUUCACGAACAACCAGUGAGGCAGCUACUUUGGCACUCUUCUACACCACAGCUUCUUAUCAAUGCUAUGACCAAUGCACUACCUACAGUACGGUGGUGGUCUCCUCAGAGCCAUCCUGUGAUCUCUCGAGUACCGACACAGAAGAACGAAAGUGGGAAGUAUGAAAUGAAAUGGUUGUCGGUCCCUAACGAGGACUCGGCAUUUUGGUUCGGUUCGUCGGAGGAGUAUGUUGUGGGAUAUCUGUCUGCCGAUGAACAGUCUGUGCAAUUUGAAGUCCUGAAUUCAGUGACCAAUCAGGGAUAUGGCAGUCACACCAGCAGUAUAAACCGGUAA